AUGGAGACGACGUUUUCGUCGUCGAGCGCAACGGUCGCGGGCGCCUUGGCCUCAAGUGCCGAGAAAAACGCGAGGUCGCCCGCAGUAAAGAGCGAACCGCCAGCAUCCACACCGGGGGCCGGGCGCACCUCUAAACCACGGAGUUGUGUCGUAUGUCGAAGCCGAAAGGUCCGCUGCGACAAGCAGUCACCUUGCUCCAACUGUCGCCGGGCAAAUAUUGCCUGUGUUGUCCCCUCUAAAGAUCGUCCUCCAAGAUGGGCCCGUCGCAUCACGCAGCCGGCCCCGGAAGAUGUCAUGGAGCGAUUAAGAACGCUUGAGAAUCUCGUGAGAGACUUGAGUGGUCAACUGGAAGAAGCGAAUGCUAGGGCGAAUUCUGCUGGCGUUUCCUCUGCAGCUCAGUCGCCUGGAAGCUCUACCCGCGACCCGACGGGCACAUCCUCGACACAUUCCGACAAUGUACAGAAGCAAUUUGGGAGGUUGGUCCUUCGAGAUGCUAACCAAAGUCGCUAUAUUGGGAGCGGCUUUUGGUCCCGUGUCACGGAUGAGUUGGAUGAACUGAAGAUGAACGCCGAAGGAUUGGCUCAAGAUGAUUUCGAUACCUCCGAUGAGGACGAAUGGUCCUCUGGGAAAACUCCAUCGACACAAGAACUCGGUCGUACGCCUGAAGAUCGAAAUGCAUUCAUAUUCCGCCAUAACUUGAUGCCUUCCACCCCAGACCUACGAGACUUUCACCCACUUCCCUCCCAGAUCCCCUUUCUGUUAGAUGUCUUCUCAGAGAACGUCAACGCAUUUCUCCAGAGUGUUCAUGUGCCAAGUGUCACAAAAAUGAUUCGAGAUUUGCGCGGCGAUAUGACUAAUCUGACACCAGCGAACGAGGCCCUCAUGUUCUCGAUCUACUAUGCAGCAGUGACGUCCAUGGAGGAGGAAGACGUGAUGACGAACUUCGGUUCUACUAAGGCAGAACUGAAUUUGAAGUAUCGUCUAGGUCUUGAGCACGCUCUCGCCAAGGCCGAUUUUCUCAAUGUACCUGAUCUUGUUCUCAUCCAAGCUCUUGUUAACUUCUUGGCUCUUGCCCGCCGCCAUGAUAGCCCCAGAUUUGUGUGGAUGAUGGUUGGCAUCGCAAUCAGAAUGGCGAUCUCGCUGGGGCUUCAUCGGGAUGGCUCUAACUUUGCAAAUCUCCCUCCCUUUGAGAUUGAGAUGCGACGGCGCGUCUGGUGGGCCUUGUGCCUGUUUGAUGUCAGGGCGUCAGAGGAUCAAGGGACCGAGUUCACUAUUGCCGUGGACAGCUUCGACACAAAGUUGCCGCUGAAUAUAAACAAUAGCGACAUACAACCCGAUUCAAAACAAAUGCCAUCCGAACGUGAGGGGUUGACUGACUUGUCCAUCUCACGUGUGUCGAUCAAAACGUGCGAACUCUCAAAGCGAAUGAUGGUCCGUGGACCGAAUGCACCUAGUUUGGAAGAGCAAGACCAUAUGCUGCAGAAGAUAUACCAAGAAUUGGACGACGGCUUCCUCCGCUACUCGACAGAGCCUAAUAUAUCUUAUUGGGUUAUUGUCACUGUCUCUCGUCUCCUGGUCGCCAAGAUGACGUUGUUCAUCUACUUACCAGUGCUGUUCUCUUCUCCAAGUGAACAACUGUCCGAGCAACUCAGAACGAAACUGCUUGUCGCCGCAAUUGAAGUCGCUGAAUAUAACCACGCUCUUAACGCUGAGCAGGCCUGCCGACAAUGGCGCUGGAUCUUCCAGACUUAUACGCAUUGGCAUGCCAUUAUCUAUAUUUUGAUCGAGAUUCAUCGCCGACCCUGGUCUCCCCUUGUCGAAAGAGCCUGGACCGCUCUCCACAGUGUUUGGCUUAUUCCAAACCAGUCCAAAAUGCGCAAAGACUUGCGAGUGUGGUUCCCGUUGCGGAAGUUGAUAGCCAAAGGCACAAAACAUCGAGAGACCGAACUGGACAGACUCAGAAAUGAUACGUCAGAUGCGGAGAAAUUACUGAAUGAAUAUUCGAACGCACCGCUACCUUCGAGUACUGGACAUUUUCUGGCCGGAUCUAAUGCCGCCGGAAUUUUCCUCGAACAAUGGAAACAAUUGGUUGAUUUUCCGACCCAAGAUAUUUCGUCACGAACACAAGGGGUUAGUUCAUGUGUUGCAGAGCCGUCGACAACCAGCAUUUCUGGUGCAUCACUUGGAGAGCUUCCCGGUAUGGGUUUGAGUUCCAACAGCACGUCGAUACCAAGUACUCAGGCAUGGAAUUACACGGUUGGAGCUGCUCAUAAUCCAGAGGCAUCAUUUUCUACGAAUCUUGGCUUGUCUCUAAACGCGAGUGGCUACGAAGCAGAGCCAUUUGAGUCACCUAUGCCACCAGCUCUCGAGCACACAACCCCCGCAUUUCUAGAUAAUAUGCUCUCUACUCAGCCUGUUGGAGAUGGAGUUAUGUCUUCGCUGUGGAACGAUGACUUUUUCGAACAUGUGGAAUUGGGCACACGUGAUAACAAUAUGGAUUUGGACAGUGAGAUAGAUUGGUAUAACUGGGUUGAGUCUGCCAAGGGAAUGGAAUGGGACGCGGAUCCCAAGGGUGCCACACAAUGA